UCCUCAUCCAAGGCAAACAGAGGCCACUGUUUGCACGAAGAAUGUACGAGCGGCAAAGAGUCUAUGAGAUGCGGCCCAGGGUGCGCCCGGCAUACCCCAAAGGGCCGCCUCCUAAAGUGGCUAAGCUCCCCGAUGCUCCAAGGUGCACCAAGGUUUCCGAAGGCUGCCUACCCAAUUCCCGCUGCUGUGACCCGUGCGCAAGCUGCCAGUGUCGAUUCUUUAACACCAUCUGCUUCUGCCGCAAGACCAACUCGAUGUGCGGAAAGAAGGCAUAGAACGGAACAUGAGGAAAGACACACAUGCAACCGUACCACAAGAACAGAUGUGAUAUAACUAUAAUAACAAAUGCAUGUCGAUAAUAGAGCAUAGACCUAUUUACUGAACAGAAGGAACCAUUGCUGGUACAAAAUGAUCAUUUUUGUCAUCGUCUAUAGCUGCUUUAGAGUUUGUAAUCUAUAUGUAUUCUCCAGUGUAUAUUUUCUUGUACAAAUCCAAAAAUGCCUAUGACGUGAGUUUUUGGCUCCGUUAUGGCUAUUAAGCUAUAUUUUCUCAAUUACAAUAAACAAUAUGACU